GCCUGACCCUCCCUGGACUCAGGACCAGGAAGGAGCUGACACCCUGGAUGGUCAAGGGAGGCCCUCCCCAUCCAGCCACCUGGCCUGGGCUCCCUCCCUCCCUGCCUCCUUUCUUCCUUUCAUCGAAUUCGACUGGUAUUUGAAGUCACCCAGUAUGUAUCAGGUGGGCACUGUAGGGGAACACAGAUGCACAGGUGUACACAGCAAUCCAGAGGUCCCAAGCCUGACUCCAGGAAACUGGCCUCCCUGGGGAAGCCGCAGUGUCACCCAGAGAAGGUCAGAUACAAGCAAGAGUAUCUGAGGGAGGAAGGGGAAUGAGCCAGGAUGGAGCUGAGCCGGUAGAGCAGGGCCCCCCUGCUGCGACAGUGGCAUCCUGAUAGUGAGCUGCUUAGAUGCUGCUGCCCCCUGGUGGCCACCAGUUCCCUGCAACUCUGAGACCACGUGAUUUCUGGGAAAAGGCCCUCCCUGGAGGAGAACCGAAACUUAGGGUGGGGACUGUAGAAAGGGGUGGAGAGAUCAGCCGCCCAGCCAGGAGUUAAGCUGAGGUCGUCUGAGCCCUGCAACAGCCUGGACAGCAACUCAGGCAACUCAGGAUGGCAUCAGGCAGGGCACGCUGUACCCGAAAACUCCGGAACUGGGUGGUGGAGCAAGUGGAGAGCGGGCAGUUCCCUGGAGUGUGCUGGGAUGAUACAGCUAAGACCAUGUUCCGGAUUCCCUGGAAGCAUGCAGGCAAGCAGGACUUCCGAGAGGACCAGGAUGCUGCCUUCUUCAAGGCCUGGGCAAUAUUUAAGGGAAAGUAUAAGGAAGGGGACACAGGAGGCCCCGCUGUCUGGAAGACUCGCCUGCGCUGUGCACUCAACAAGAGUCCUGAAUUUGAGGAGGUUCCGAAGAGGGGCCGCAUGGAUGUUGCUGAGCCCUACAAGGUGUAUCGGCUGCUGCCACCAGGAGCCUUCUCUGGCCAGCCAGGGACUCAGAAAUCACCAUCAAAGCGACAGCACAGUUCUGUGUCCUCUGAGAGGAAGAAGGAAGAGGGUGCCAUGCAGAACUGCACACUCAGUCCCUCUGUGCUCCAGGAAUCCCUCAAUAAUGGGGAGGAGGAGGCCAGUGGGGGAGCACUCCAUUCAGACAUCGGGAGCAGCAGCAGCAGCAGCCCUGAGCCACAGGAAGGUACAGACACAACUGAGGCCCCCUUUCAAGGGGAUCAGAGGUCCCUGGAGUUUCUGCUUCCUCCAGAGCCAGACUUGGCCAGGUACUUCCAGGGCCUAGGCCCCCCUCCGAAGUUCCAAGUAACACUGAAUUUCUGGGAAGAGAGCCGUGGCCCCAGCCAUACUCCACAGAAUCUUAUCACAGUGAAGAUGGAGCAGGCCUUUGCCCGAUACUUGCUGGAGGAGACUCCAGAGCAGCAGGCAGCCAUUCUGUCCCUGGUGUAGAGCGUGGGGUACCCAUCUUCCACCUCACCUCUUUGUUCUUCCUGUCUCCUUUGAAAUAGACUCAUUCUUCACACGA